GGAGUGUGUGAGGCCUUCAGCUUUCUCAUGCUUUAUCAAGCUGCAAAGAAUAGCUUGAUAUUCAGGCAGCGUUGGUGCAGGUCAGGAGAAUGGAAAUGGUAAUUUAACUCCUGACAUGCCGGGUGAUUUUCGAGACGCUGACUUGACCGCACGCUUUGCGAGGAGCAGGGGCCGGUUUCCCGAGGCUUUGUGCGGCAGCACGCGGAGCAGAAGGAAGGAAACACACUGGGGUGCAAUGAUCAAGACAUCUUCCUAUUAGCUUGAGGCACACUCUUCAAUAAGAGAAAUGAAGGUGUCUCAGCGUUCCCAAGAGUCCAAAUGAGUGUUUACCAUGCCUCUGGGAACAUUCCUCCUUCCUGUUCUCUGUUUCUUGGGAGCAGCGAUUCCAAGGGGACUGCAAUAUGUCACGUUUUCACGCAACACCACAAAAUUCCUCCACUUGUCUAUGGACUUGGACUCUGAGACCAUUUAUUUGGGGGCCACCAACUUUCUUUUUCAGUUGACAUCUGACCUGCUGAUGAAGAAUGUGGUUCAGACUGGGCCAGUUCUGGACAGUAAAGAUUGCCUCCCUCCAGUUUCAAAGCUGGAGUGUCCUCAAGCACACUACACCGACAAUCACAACAAGCUGCUGCUGGUGAAUACGGCGCAGAAGGAGCUCAUUGUGUGCGGCAGUGUGCACCAGGGGAUCUGUGAGAAGAGGAGCCUCGCAUCCAUUGACCACGUUCUCUUCCGACCAGAGAGCCCCGGUGACACCCAGUACGUUGCUGCCAACGAUCCCAAUAUCACCACCGUGGGACUUGUAGCCUACUCAAAGGAUGAGGUCCCUUUGCUGUUUGUGGGACGAGGGUACACCAGCCGAGGAGUUGGAGGAGGGAUCCCUCCCAUCACUACCAGAAAUCUCAGGGCCCAUGGAGGGGAUGUUCAAGCAACCGACUCUCACUCCAUCUUCUCCUAUGAAGAAACAGCAAAAUUGGCUGUGGGCCGGCUCUCUGAGUACAACCACCACUUCAUUAAAUCCUUCACUUACCGCUCGAGUGUCUAUUUCCUGUUCUACCGUCGGGACCUCAAGUCUCAGUCACGGGAGUACAAGACUUACAUCUCACGAAUCUGCCUGGAUGACUCUCAUUACUACUCAUAUGUGGAGCUACCUCUGCUCUGCCAGAGCAAAGCCAACACGUACAGCCUUCUGCAGGCAGCCUACGUCACCCGGCCGGGAAAAGGCCUGGCCCAGGGGCAGUUUGGCACGGAGGGAGAAGUGCUUUUUGCAGUCUUCUCUGCCUGGCAGGCUUCUUCUGGCAAACUGAGUGAGGAGUCUGCGCUCUGUGUCUACGCAAUGGAGGAGGUGGAUCGCCUGACCAACUGGACUAGGGAUGUUUGCUACAUGAGAGAUGGGAAGUCAGAAGAAGGGAUGGAAGUGGCUUAUAUUGAAUACGAUGUCAGUUCCAACUGUGUCCAGCUGCCAGCGGACACCCUGUAUGCAUACCCCUGUGGCUCUGACCACACGCCCAGCCCCAUGGCCAGCCGGAUACCCUUGGAAGCAGCUCCCCUCCUGGAGAAGACAGAAGCCCGCCUGACAGCUGUGGCAGUGAAUGUGGAAGAUGGCCACACUAUUGCUUUUCUGGGAGACAGCAGAGGGAGACUGCACAAGGCGUACUUAGGAGCCAUGGGAGAUACCAGCAUAUAUGCUUCUUUAGCUAUCCAGUUAAAUAGCAUGGUGAGUGGAGACCUGCUAUUUGACCAGUUGCAGAAGCACCUCUUCGUCAUGACCCAGUCAAUGGUCGUAAAGGUUCCGAUAUUGGAGUGUUCCCUGUACUCAGACUGUGAAUCCUGUCUGACACUGAAAGAUCCUUACUGUGGCUGGUGUGUCCUUCAGGGACGGUGCAGCCGUCGCUCUGAGUGCUUGCGAUCCAGGCUGAGUGAGCAGUGGCUCUGGAGCUUUAACUCUACACAGCAGUGCCUGUCCAUCCAGUCACUAACUCCAGCCAAUAUCAGCAGAGAGGAAAAGAGAAAUAUAUUCCUGGCUAUCUCGGAUUUACCAUCUCUACGUGAGGAAGAAUUUUACUCAUGCUACUUUGAAGAUUAUGAAAGCCCAGCAGUUCUGACAGAGUCAGGAAUCAUGUGCCCCUCGCCAGAUCCCAGCCAAGCACCAGCUUUGCCAACUGGAGCAGAUCAUGUCACCAUAAAGCUUGUAGUGCGUUUCCAUGACAUCUUCAUUGCCUCUGUGGACUUCUCUUUCUAUGACUGUGCUGCUGUUGCCCUGCUAUGGAAAUCAGCACCGUGCCAGAAGUGUGUGAGCAGUCCCUGGAGAUGUAACUGGUGCAUCCAGCAGCACCUCUGCACCCACAAAGCAGCCUGUGAGGAAGGAACCAUUAUCUACAAUGAAAGGGCCCAGCUUCCAACCUCAAGUCUGUUUCCUUCUUCAGCAGCUCCCUCCAGCAAGUCCUCUACCAUAGCCCCAACGGCAGCCACAAAACCUGUCACUCCUCCUGUGCGUGUGGUGCUGAGCACUGUGCCCCCCACAGAGCCUGUCCCCAUCACACCUUCCACAGUCUCGGAUACGACAACUGAGCCCACAGGGACCCUCAGCUACACAUACUCGACUCUCUCAUCUGAAGCUGCCUCUCUCCAAGCCUCCACAGAAUCUCCCCUGCCACCACCAGCGGACAAACCUGCUGUCACAGUGCCGGACACAACUUCCCCUGCUGCAUCAGUCCUCACCAGCCCAUCGAAGCCUCUGGAUCUCACAGCCCUGCCCACCUCUGAGACCAGAGCCACUGCCCGGGAGCCAUGGCCCACCAACCCACCCACCACCGUGGUGGGUAGUCCUCUGCACACAUCUGUGGCAGCAGUAACGUCUUCUCCUCAUGUCACCAGUUUCACGUGGCCUCCCAGUUCUGUUCCUACCACAGCGGUCCUGACAUCUGCCAGCCCAUCUCCCCAAACCCACAGCCAUAAGCCAGGGGUCCCUGUUGCCUCUGAUGACUCUCCCAGAGAGCUGGGAACUAAACUGCCUGCCUCAGACCUCCCACCGUCAGCUCCCCCAGACUGGCUGCUGGGGGAAGGCACAGAGCUUCAGGACACAGAGGACUGGAUGGAUUUGCUGCAGGCUGAGAAUGACACAUCUCCCUUCUCUGCUUCUACUCUUCUGUCGGGCGAUGGUGAUUCCUCAGAAAGAGAUGCCCCUGACUUUCCCAGGAUCCUCCAUCCUGACCUCGACUAUCAGUAUGAUGCCCCUGGGUUUUGGGAGGAGAAUGAAGAGCUUAGCUGGGGUCCUGAUGCAUGUCCCUGUGUGCAAGGAAUCCAGGGAUCUUCGCUGUUUCCAGUCAAUGUGGCGAGGAAGAUAACUCUGCUGGGAAAGAACUUCCACCUCUAUCAGGACCAGCAGUGGGACUAUGAGUGUGUCCUGAACUUGGAGGGAAGGACAGUGGUGAUGGAUGCUUAUGUGGAAGGGGAAGAAACAAACCAGUCCCUCUGUUAUAUCACAUGUCAGCUGCACCAGUCUCUGUCUCUGCAGUACAGUUACACAGCGCCUCAACUCGAAUUCAACGCUGUGGUGUUUGUGCAGAGGCGGCGGCACCUUCGAGUGGACAGUGCUGCAGAUCUUCACGUGACUUUCUACAACUGCUCUGUUGGGCACACUGAUUGUAGCCGCUGCCAAACAGCUGACUCAAAGUACAACUGUGUGUGGUGUGGAGGUGAAAACCCCAGCUGUAUCUUCAGGGGGUCCUGCAAGGAAGAGAUAGAGGACCUGUGUCCAGCGCCUCUCAUUCACUCUGUGUACCCCCUGUCUGGACCAGUGGAAGGUGGCACUAGAAUCACCAUCACUGGCUCAAACCUCGGGCAGAAACAUCAAGACAUUGCAGAAACUGUCACUGUUGCAGGAAUUCCCUGUGCCGUAGAUGCUCAAGAGUAUGAGAUCUCUAGCAGUAUCGUGUGUGUCACUGGCGGGAGCUGGACAGAGCGAUUUGGGCACGUUGUGGUGGAAGUGCCUGGAGGAGGACGUGGAGUUUCUGGGCAUGUUUUCACCUAUCAGAACCCGGAGCUGAAAUCCAUUGUUCCAACGCAGGGCCCCAAAGCGGGAGGAACCUGCCUUACCCUUCUGGGCUCAAAGCUGCUGACUGGGCAUCCCGGCGAGAUCAGUGUCCUGCUUGGAGACCUCCCUUGCCACAUCCUUUCUGAAAUGAGGGAGGAUCAGCUGGCAUGCCAGACGAGUCCCAGCAAUGUGUCUGCAGAACUCCCAGUCACUAUCAAAUACGGGGACCAGGAGCGGAGACUGGAAGGAUCCCUCUUCAGAUAUACCCUGGAUCCCAACAUCACUUUUGCAGAGCCACCUAAAAGCUUCCUCAGUGGAGGGAGAGUGCUCAGAGUUCAUGGAUACAACCUGGAUGUUGUACAAAAACCAAAGAUCCGAGUUACGGUUUCUCCAUCUGAACGCCGGCGCCGGGGACUGGGACGAUGGCGCAGAAUUAUCCCAGACACUGAGUGCCCUGAGGGUGCUCUGUGCAGCAUCCAGCAGUUUGAAGAACCGUGUCUCAUUAACUCCUCCUACCUUAUCCUGUGCAAAACUCCGGCCAUUAACCUGCUAUUGCGGAGUGCUCAUAUCAAACUGGAAUUUAUUCUGGAUAAUCUGAGCUUUGAUUUCAACUCGCUCCAUCCCAUGCCCUUCUCUUAUGAAGUCAACCCCAUCCUAAAACCCUUGAAUUCUGAAGACCCUGCCAAGCCAUAUCGUCACAAGCCUGGAAGUGUCAUCUCUGUGGAGGGGGAAAAUCUAGAUCUGGCCAUUUCCAAGGACGAAGUUAUGGCCAUGAUUGGGGAAGGAAUCUGUGUGGUGAAGACACUGACAAGGAAUCAUCUGUACUGCGAGCCUCCCUCUGAGCAGCCAGCUCCACGGCACCGCACGAAGCGAGAGGGCACAGACUUGCUCCCAGAAUUCACGGUACAGAUGGGGAACUUGAACUUUCUCCUGGGCAGAGUACAGUAUGACACAGAAAGCCAACUCACCUUCCCACUGGAGGCACAGAUUGGUUUGGGUGUCGGUGCAUCCUUUGUGGCACUGAUUGUUCUGGUCAUUGUCUUCAUCUACAGGAGGAAGAGCAAACAGGCUCUGAGGGAUUACAAGAAAGUCCAAAUCCAGCUGGAAAAUCUAGAAACAAGUGUUCGGGACAGAUGCAAAAAGGAGUUCACAGACCUGAUGACUGAGAUGAUGGACCUCACAAGUGACCUUGUGGGCACAGGAAUCCCCUUCUUGGACUACAAGUCCUAUGCAGAGCGCAUUUUCUUCCCGGGCCACCGUGAAUCACCACUGCAGAGAGACCUGGACAUCCCUGAGUGCCGACGGCAAACUGUGGAGCAAGGCUUGGUCCAGCUCUCUAAUCUGCUCAACAGCAAGCUUUUCCUCACCAAGUUCAUCCACACUCUGGAAAUCCAGCGUACUUUCUCUCCAAGAGACCGGGCCUACGUAGCGUCACUGCUCACUGUGUCACUCCAUGGAAAGCUGGAGUACUUCACUGAUAUCCUCAAAACGCUCCUGAAUGAUCUCGUUGAGCAGUAUGUGGCCAAAAACCCCAAGCUGAUGCUGCGAAGGACAGAAACGGUGGUGGAGAAGUUGUUAACCAACUGGAUGUCCAUCUGCCUGUAUGCGUUCGUGAGGGACUCUGUUGGGGAGCCCCUUUACAUGCUGUUUCGAGGAAUCAAGCACCAGGUGGACAAGGGGCCUGUUGACUGGGUGACAGGGAAAGCCAAAUAUACCCUGAAUGACAACCGCCUUCUGAGAGAGGACCUGGAAUACCGGACUCUGACCUUAAAUGCUUUGACACAAGCAGGAGUUGCUACAGGAGGGGCAGAGGACUCCCAAGGUGUUUCUGCGAAAGUGCUAGACUGUGACACCAUAACACAGGUGAAGGAGAAAAUCCUAGAUCAGAUCUAUAAAGGGACGCCAUACUGUCACCGACCAGACCCAGACACCCUGGACCUCGAGUGGAGAUCAGGGCUGGCAGGUCAUCUGAUACUGUCUGAUGAGGACGUGACAUCUGUUGUUCAAGGAACUUGGAAACGCCUGAACACACUUCAGCAUUACAAGGUGCCUGAUGGAGCAACUGUAGCGCUGGUCCCACGCCUCACCAAGCAUAUCCAUAGGGAAAAUCAGGAUUACAUCCCAGGAGAAAAAACACCAAUGCUGGAGGAUGCAGAUGAAGGCGGAAUAAAACUUUGGCACCUGGUAAAACCAACAGAAGAGCCAGAGCUCCCCAAGCACCGCCGUGGGAGCUUACGAGACAGGGAACGAGCCAAGGCAAUCCCAGAGAUCUAUCUGACGCGUCUGCUCUCUAUGAAGGGGACCCUGCAGAAGUUUGUGGAUGACUUGUUCCAGGUAAUCCUCAGUACCAACCGCCCUGUCCCUCUGGCUGUCAAAUACUUCUUUGACCUGCUGGAUGAGCAGGCAAUACAUUAUGGGAUCGCAGACCCCGAGACGAUCCAUAUCUGGAAGACAAACAGCCUGCCCCUGCGGUUCUGGAUCAACAUCAUUAAGAACCCCCAGUUUGUCUUUGAUGUGCAGACAUCAGAUAAUGUAGAUGCUGUGCUCCUGGUCAUUGCACAGACCUUCAUGGACUCCUGUACAAUUGCUGACCAUAAGUUGGGGCGGGACUCUCCAAUCAAUAAGCUGCUCUAUGCCCGGGACAUUCCUCGCUACAAGCAGAUGGUGGAAAGGUAUUAUGCGGACAUUCGUCAAACCAUCUCUGCCAGUGACCAGGAGAUGAACUCUGCCCUGGCUGAGCUGUCACGGAAUUACUCAGGUGACCUCAAUUCCCUGGUGGCACUACAUGAAUUGUACAAAUACAUCAAUAAGUACUAUGACCAGAUCAUUACUGCCUUGGAAGAAGACCCAACGGCACAGAAGAUGCAGCUCGGAUAUAGACUGCAACAGAUUGCAGCAGCUGUGGAGAAUAAAGUCACAGAUUUGUGACACACACAGACAGACUGAUGCUCUCACCUGGCUGAACAGGGACAGUGCUUGUCCUAGCUAUACACAGGGUGUCCUGCUGCCAUUGGAACCAGACUCUCCAAGGAACCGGCGGGUGACAUGAACAGGGAUGGCCAAGGCAGUACAAAGUACAAGCGUCCUUGCAUCUCAGAGAAUAUUUUUUUACAGUUUUCUCUUUUUAAAAACAAAACAAAACCCUUCGGUUUUCCUCUGACCCAGAAUGUCGGGGGACUAGACAGCUCCUUCCCACAGACGUUAUGUGAAUGUGCCAAGUUUCCAAGCCACAUUGUUGAAGAGCCUGGUGACAGCGCCAAACACCAUGUCUGUGGAGGCCUUGGCCUCGCGUGGAAACCCCUGCCAGUGCUGGAGACUCCCCUGCUGCAGUUGCUCAUUUUAGCACUGCAGCUGUGACCAGCUGUGGUGCCGCUGGCAGGCAGGCCAGUGUGGAGCCAGUAGCUCUGCUGGCUCCCUGAAGCCUCUCUCCGGACCAGGAGGGACACAGGAAACUUUUUCCAGGCUGAUCUCUCUGUAUGUCUAUACAGACUAGUGAGCACUACUACAGAAUGCCACCUGAGAAACGUCCUUGCACCAGUGUUCCCACUGGUUCUGAAUACUGGAUGUAGAAAGGAGAGGGACCGAUAGCAAAGGUCUCUUGCUCCCAAAUGUUCUGGUCUCUGACAGCUUGUGUGCAAAGCCUGCUUGGAUAUAACACGUUCACCAGCAUAUGUGCUUGCCCAGAGACCUACUAUAAAUGGACACCGCACACUGACCCUCUCGCUCAGGACAAUUUUAGCAUGUGAGGAGUAGGCUGCCUGGCCCACCUCAGUCUCCACUGACCCAGCUCUGGUUCCGUCUCCCUGGUUCCCUGUGGUCAGAAGUUGCCCUGCUCUUUGGAAAGCACAACAAAUGCCUUGUGCCACUUCCCCUUCCUUUGGUGUCUAGCUGUUCUGCUGCUCUAAACUGGACUUGUAAAUACCCUCAGAAAGAUAAUGUAUUUAAAUGCUAAAGGAGAAUGUUUAACUUUGUGGCUUUGAGACAAAGCUUUUCUCGGAGAAGCAUCUCUGUGCACUUCUACUGACAAACGUCUGUCAGCACUGGAGCAAAGUUUUCUCCACUGCUUUGUCUGCAGGGAUAACUCUCAGAUGUCUCCAUUGUCAUAACAGCAGCUCACUUUCCCCACAGCUUGGUUCAAGGCUUAGCUGUAUGUUCUUCUCUUAGGCUUGCCUUAUACCUUAUUCACAAGUUCACUUUCCCAGACUCUCCUGCUGUGGCAGAUAGAAGGAUUGUUUGGUGAGCUGUGAACUCAAGGAAGCCACGAAGCACAACUGCGUUGCUCCUGGAGAGCAUCAGGUGUCCUGCAAAUGGGAAUGAUUCGAAUGAGGAAGGAGAGGUUGGAGCCGGUAUACGCACAGUUAGUUGCCAGGCUGUCACUGGGCAGCUCUUUAUUCCCUCCUGGAGAGCACUCGGGCACUCGGGGUGGUUCCUCUGCCCUUUUGGGAGCAACUUCCUACUUUAAAGGAUGCCCUACCCUCAUCUCCCUGCUGAGCCUGGGCUCAUGUCUUGCUUGCCUGGGAGAGAUUGCGCACAGGGGCAAGUAGGCAGGUCUGACUUUCCAUCACUUCCCUUAGCUGGCGACUGUACAGGCCAGGAGGGACCACAGCUAAAACAGGGCAGGAUCAUGUCCCUGCCUCUGUCUUUGCGUUACAUACAGCAGCACUCCCAGACCUAUCAGCUCAGCCCUGUGGUUUUGUGCGGGCGUUGUGUCAUUGUGAAAUUGUUCUCUGAGCAAUACAAAGAUGAGCUAGUGUUGGCCUCUGUUCCUAUAGACCCCCGUGCCACAAAACCGGCUCUCUCCUAUGAGCCUCCCUCAGCAAUAUUCCCAGGUAUUCCUGCACACCCUGUGUGUCCAGAGUACACCCACUGUCCCCAGGCUGCCUACCGCUUGUGUCCUGCUGCAUGGAGCAGCUGAGCAUGUCUUGCGCAGAGCCAUGUGCGAGCUGGCUGGCCUCUGCCACGCGGAAAGGGAAGGCUAGAGUUUGCCUGCUUCUCUUCCCCCAGGCGGUCACUGAUAUAGGGGUCUCUCCUGCCUGACCACCCCUUAUGAUGAAACUGGUGGGAACAUAACAUCUCUGAAAGAGAGCUCAGUCUCAACCAAAUCUGAUGAGUUAGCCAGCAAGCCCAAAAGACAGGUGGAGGAAAGGACUGGCAGGUGGGAGAAAGCAAAUAGAAGGCAAUUUCAUAAAGCCUGUUUCCUUAGGAAACCAAAGAAUGUAAUUCCUUGGUUUGAGGCAGGUGUAGGUAAAUGAAGGAAUGAAGAAAGGGUUGGUGGCAGCAAUAGUGUUGUCCCACCUCUGUGUUGACAGGCAGGCUGCCAGCUCGGCAGCAAGGCUUUGUCUGUGACCUCUCCAACCGGCUGAGUAUCUGCCAGGAGCCAUCAGUAUCUGCUGGGUUUAUGGCUCUGCAGAAUGUUUAUGCCUUCCCCAUUUUUGCAAAGUUUUCUGUGCUCUCCUAGCAUGGUGUUGCGUGGGGCUUAAUUCUGGAUCCACCUCACAGCAGCAAAGGGAGGAAGACUCGGGGGCAUUCUUAGAAUCAUAGUAACAAGAAUCGCGGUGUCUCUCCUGCUCCCCUUUGGCAGCUCACUGAGUCCUGCAGGGUGUCCUUUGGCGUUGCCCGCUCUGGUCAGGUGCGACCAUAGCCUCUGCCCACGCACGCUGACUUGGGCCUUAGAGUAAGUGGGCUCCAUGUCCCCUUUACUUCUCAGCAGUGCUCAUGGAUGUUGGAAACAAUUUCUGUUCUGAGUCUAUCUGUGAAUGUCCACUUCUACUAGAGCAAUAAUCAAAACUUAAAUCACUUAAAUUUAGCUCUGUUAUUUAACAUCUCCAGUUCAUCCUUGUAGAGUUGAGCAGGAUGCAGGCCCCAGUUCAGGUGCAGCGAGGAUGGAAAGCUGGUAGUACCUGUCUCUUGUGGUCAGUUUGUCCUUGGUGUUGUAGAUACGAGCAUCCUCCUCAGCUGUGGACGUGCACUUAGGUCCCCUUGAUGGGAUCAACUUGGAUGUUUAGGCAUGGCCCCUUUUCUCUCCGUCCAUGCCCCUCUCGUGUGGCAAAAUCCAUUACUACAACAGGGUUAGGUUGCAUAUAAAUUUGCACAGAACAGCAUUUAUUAUAACUUCCCAAUUGUAGGGAAGACUAACUUAUUUAUUUCUCAUAAUCCUUCCAGUUUUCUUCCAGUCUCUGCCUGGUUCCGCGACCAGUUUGUCAAACGCUCCAGAGGCGGUCGCUGCUUCUGGUUAAAGAACAAUCCGCCCUGGAGUUCACUGUUUUCUUACCGGUAGCAAGUUCUCCGGGCACCGGCUGACGGCGUCCUGCCACAGCCACCGUCCUCCUCCUGCAGGACGUGUGUGCUGCAAGGGGGUGUCACUGUUUUAAUAAACCCGCUGAAAGAAGAUAUUCCCGAAUGACAGACACUGUCUAGAUUUUGUGCUGCAGUCAGAGAAAGAGAGUUGCGUCCACCGUGGUCUGGUGAAACACUGAGAACUGAAGUUAUCAGUAUUAAGAGAUAUAUCCAUUAGUGUAUUUCAGUGUCUGUCUCCUGUUGGCGUGACUAAGAGUAGUUGGCACCCGCAAGAUGUAGAUGUGAGAGCACUUGCUUUUAUCUGCCUGGGGGCAAAUUUAGGCUGCAGCUGGAAGCUUUUUUUUUUUUUUUUUUUUUUGGUAAACAUGACAGCUAAUUGUUUUUCUUCUUUUAAUGAAAAUGAGGGGGAUUCUUGGAUCCUGCUGCCUUGGUGGAAUGCCAUUUCUUUUUCAAGGUUUGCCCCAGUUGCAGUGAAAUGCUGCUUUUCUUUUCGUGCCUUUCUCGUUGGGAUGAUUCUUUUGGUUGCCAGAACACCCGGUGCGUUUGCUCUAUUCUUCUUUCUCCUAGUCCUCUGUCCCAGUGACUGUAUCCUCCCCAAUCUUGUAACUUGGUGUCUCUCUCUCUGUUAUGGUCUGGUCUUGCCUGACCUGCAUUUAUGCCCUGCCACAUCUUGAGUUCUGCUCCAAGCACCUGAGGUACUGUCUCUCUCAAAUUGGAAUUAAUAAUUAAUAUAAAAAGCUUGAAAAAUCUGAAUUUUGUUACAUAGUGUAAUAACUGUUUGUAGAUACUGUUCUGAGAUGUAGGAAUCUAUUGGUGAUAUAAGAGGUUUUGUCUGUAAAUAAUCAGUUUAGAGUCCAAAUGAUUUUAAUAAAGAGAAUUCUUACACAAUAAUUCAAUAAAUUUUAAUAUACAA